CUCUGAAAUUUAAAUCAGUUCAAUCAAAUUCUAUCAUCUUAGCUUCCAGAAAUUGUAAUAAUAUAUAUAUAUAUAUGGAUAGCAACGAUGAUCCGUUAGAAAUUUCUUAGAUGUAAAAACAUCUUUUUGUUUAUGUUGCAAAAUAUGUGAACGUGUUGAACUAGUCAAUGCACGGGACGGUGUUUAGGUUCCAUUCAUAAGACUUGGUCGUUCACAAGAAACAACACAAGACCAGGCAGAAGAAAACAACCAGUUGAAUUCCUCUACACCAAUUUGGAACCAUUCUAGAAAGCAACCUUAGUUAGAAGAAUUGAUGGAAGCUUCGGGUAUGCGUGUCUUAUGGUUUGUUUUUCAUAUUUGAUGACUCACACACAAAAACGAACAUUAGUAAUUUAGUAGCAGUGAAGGCUAAGAAUAUACGAAGUACAAACACAAGAGAUGGCAUGUUCUGUCCCUUUUAACAACAAGAAUUUGGACAUAAGUUUCUUUGUUUUCAAGCCUACUAUUGUAAUCAUAGAUGACCUUGUUCAUGGACUCAAAGCCUUCUCCUUAACCACUGAGAGCCUUGGUUGUGUUCAAAGCUCUAUAUUUAGGAGCAUCCAUGGAAAUAUGAUCAUAUGGUAUGGAGCAUGGCAGAGGCGGUCGAGUAAGGAAAAAGAGGAGCUGACCUCAACCCUUAAAUCAAUGCUGACCAGCAUAUCAAGCAUGGCAGUGUUAAUUGAACACAGUUUCCUUGAAGCAUACGGUGGAGAAUCAAGAGAUGGCUCUUCAACUGCAAAAUUCUCCACUGGGGACAUAAUAUCAUUGAACUCAGCAGUCACCACUACUAAUGACCUCAAUGACCUCUGCUACGCUGUCUUAGCAAUUUUAAGGUCUCGCUUUGCGAAAAUGGAAGGCAUAACCGCAGGCCUUUGCUUCAAGGGACAAAGCAAGCCCAGAGUGGUGUGCAUUCAUGUGUGGAAGUCUCUCCAUUUUUGUUACUGUUGGAUUCUCAACUCUGACCACAGAAAAUGGAUGAUGCCAUAUCUUGAACGCUUCUCUAUCGACAUGAAGUAUGAUAUUUUCCGAGUAGUCUAUGUUAGUGGUGACAAUGUGGUUGAUCUUAACUGCAUUUCUACUCAUCAGAUGUUAGAAAAUGGGAAUGAGAGUAGUAGGCAAGGCCAGGUUAUGCAGAACUGAGACUGCUGCUAAGGGUUUUCAAGUUUAGAAUCAUCAUAUUUUGCUCAAGUUUUUCCCCCUCUUAUCCUGUAAAUAUUGUAUAUUACUUUUUCAACUUCAAUUUACAGAAUAGAACUCAAAAUUGCAUUUUACAUAAGUAACCAUGCUCUGAGACCUUCAACUUUUAACAAAGCAAUACUGGUGUGGGUAUGGCUUUGGACUGCAUGGUCUUAAGUUCCAAUGAAAGUAUGAAUCAUACGGCAAGAUAGUUGUUUUCACUAUGAUAGGUAGAGAUUGAGCUAGGUUGGGUUGCUUAAACGGAUUGACUUUGUUACAGGAACAAUGAUCUGAUAAGCCAUUUUCAAAA